GCUAGCUAAUUACCACCAUACGACGGAGGCAAAAAGCAAGCCGCGGGCGCAAUAAAAACCGCUGCAGCGCGUCUCGUGAACGCCUCAACACCGCUACAGCCGUCGCUGCCACUUUCGCUGCGCGCCUUGGCCCAGCACUCGGUCUGAGCCCCCCUCACUGAAACAGCAGCAUGGCCUCCUACUCGAGCCCCCCGACCUACAAGCCGUCGACGUACGCCGCGGCCCAGAAUCCUGAUGUGUACGCCGAGGACUACGACUGGGUCAUUAACAAGUUACGAGCAAGGGGCUUCAAGACGCUGCAGGAUCGGCGAGCCGAAGCGGAAGAACAGAGAAAGCAGCGCCUAGCCGCCUGGGAGGCCGAGAAACAGAGAAGACGCGCGGCGGGAGAAAACCCGGACCAGCCCGGCGACCAGGAGAAGAACCCGUCCUGGUGGAAGGACAUGAAGUCGCUGCCGGGCGCGCAGGCCGACGAGAAGAAGGACGAGAAGCCCUGGGACCUCAUGACCGACGAGGAGAAGGAGGAGAAGAAGAUUAGGGAUAAAUGGGGCGGCACGUUGGCCGAGUCGGUCCCGAUCUCGGACUUGCGGACGCUGAACACGAAGGGCUACAUUCCCCGGUCCCAGGCUACCUGCUUCCGAUGUGGCGAGAAGGGUCAUUGGUCGAGGGACUGCCCGCAGUCGGCCAAAAAUCAGAUGCAGGCCAAGGGUGCCGAUGAAGGUAUAUUAGGAAGGAAUCGGGCCGAUUUGAGAGGCAGGGACGCGCGCAUGUACGACAAGCGCAUGCUCGAGCAACGGGAGAGGAACCACUACGGCGGGGGCGGGCACUACGGGGGGCGGUAAUUUGCUUUCUGUU